AUGGCUAAUACUGGUUCAAGGGGUAGUGCAGGGAGGGAGGCUUGAGGAUCAAACAAAAAGUGCUGGUUUGGGAUCCAGUCAAAUUCAGAUGAGGGCGGACGAAAACUUGGAGUAACAUUUCGAAAUGACAACUGCUCUCUGAACUGGAAUCCAUUGGGGAAACAUGCCAUCCAUGAAGUCAACAAUGUCACUUUCAGUCACUUGGCCUGUGAUAACCAGGCUGCCGUGGUAGUUCACUGGAAUGCCAGUCCACUCGGUAUUGAACAUGUGAAAGGGUUUCGAGUUUAUUUGGAAGAGAAGAACCCAGAGGGAAAACAAUGUCAACACAUGAUCUUGAAAGAUCCUCGUCAGCUUAAUUUUUCCUACAGGAAUGUUAAGCUGAGCUCCCAGCCCUUUGCUGGGUUGGCAUUUGAGAUGGAUUACAUGGUCAGGAUUGUACCCUUCCCUACCUUCAUGAAUGACAGCUUCUUCCCCCCCUCCUUCCUGCGUACCAACAGCUGUGAAGUCCUUCUUGGCCCAGACAAUCUUGUCUGCAAACCAUUCUGGAGGCCAAAGACGCUGAAUGUUUCUCAGCUUGGCUCUAAUUUGCAUGUAGUGUUUGACCACGCCCCCUCUACGUUUGGCUUCAGCAUCUACUACCUGUAUUACAAGCUGAGACAGGAGGGCCCUUUCAGACUGAAACGCUGCAAACCAGAGCCGAAUUCCCCCCAGACGACCUGUGUUCUGCAGGACGUCACCCCAGGAACUUACGCAAUAGAGCUUCGUGACGACAACAAUACCACCAGGAGACAGACACAGUACCAUGUCAGCCAAGUCCAUUAUCCAUGGGCGGGGCCCAUCCGUGCAAUGGCUAUCACCGUCCCUCUGGUCAUCAUGUCUGCCUUUGCCACACUCUUUACUGUCAUGUGUCGCAAAAAACAACAAGAGAACAUCUACUCCCACUUGGAUGAGGAGAGCUCAGAGUCUUCUUCUCACACCACAGCUUUAAGCACAGCAAGACCCUGGCCCAGGCCCAAGGUUUUCAUCUGCUACUCCAGUAAAGACUGCCCCAAACAUCUUGCUGUCAUUCAGAGCUUUGCCUUCUUCCUGCAGGACUUCUGUGGCUGCGAGGUUACCCUGGAUCUCUGGGAACAUCUGGAGAUCUGUAAAGAGGGUCAGAUGGCUUGGUUGAGCCAGCGCCUUGAUGAGGCUCAUUUCAUCAUCACUGUAUGCUCCAAGGGCCUCAAGUACUUUUUGGAUAAAAGAAACCGCAAGGGCAAAGCAGCCAGCAAGGAGAAGUCUAGGGACUCGCCGGUGGCCGGACCCAGCACGGCGGAGCUUAGCAGCAGGGAUCUGUUUGUCAUUGCCGCGGCGAUGAUUGGUGAGAAGCUGCGUGAGGCGCGGCAGACGUCCGGCGACCUGUCUCGUUUCAUGGCGGUCUAUUUUGACUAUUCCCAUGAAAGCGACGUACCAUCUGUGCUAAGCCUGGCACCCAAGUUUAAGCUGAUGGACCAGCUGCCUCAGCUGUUUACCAGACUGCACUCACGUCACCUGAGCCUGUCCGAGAGCGAGCCUCAACCGCUCAACGUCAGCAAACGCAACUAUUUCCGCAGCAAGUCUGGCCGUUCGCUCUACGUAGCCAUCUGCAACAUGCACCAGCACAUUGCUCAGGAGCCAGACUGGUUUGAGAAGCAGCUCAUGCCUCCACCCGCGCCACAGAAACGCGUCGUCUCACCCACAGAGAAGUUUGACUCUGGGCUCGUGCUCAACGAGGUGGUGCUCAAACAUCCGUCAGACAGUGACUGCCCCCUCAGAAGCAAUGUACUGGUCCUGCCCACCACAACCAGUUUACCUGGACCAUCCACCAGCUCAGUGCACUCAGAAGGGGAAGGUCCAUCAUCUCAAACCCAGGACAGUGAGGCAUCUCUCAGGCCUUUACUUCACACAGACGGCUCUGCCAGCCCUCCAGAGAUGCCCAGAGACUCCGGCAUCUACGACUCGUCAGUGCCAUCGUCAGAGCUGUCUAUACCUCUAAUGGAAGGGCUCUCACCUGACCAAGCGGAUUCAUCCUCCCUGGCAGACAGCGUAUCUUCGUCCUCUGGGCUUGGAGAUGAGGAGCCCCCUGGUGUCAGUUCAGUGCAUUGCAUUGUCCCUACCACCUGUAAAGCAGAGCUUCAUCACAACCUAGAGCAGAGUGAAGGACUAAUGGCUGCAACUCCUCCGUAG